AGAGGAGCCAAUCAGCCUCGCCGGGGUUUCGAGCUGGAAAAUAUCUAAAACUGACCAAGACUGAUUCUUCCUUAAAACCCAAGGGUACAGGCAUGGCGCCUCGAACCCUGUUCCUGCUGCUCUCGGGGGUCCUGGCCCUUAGCGAGACGUGGGCUGGUUCCCACUCCCUGAGAUACUUCGACACCGCGAUGUCCCGGCCCGGCCGCGGGGAGCCCCGCUUCAUCUCCGUGGGCUACGUGGACGACACGCAGUUCGUUCGCUUCGACAGCGACACCGAGACGCCGAGGAUGGAGCCGCGGGUGCAGUGGAUGAAGCAGUUGGGGCUGGACUAUUGGGACCGGGAGACAAGGAAGGCCAAGGACGCUGCACAGGUUUACUGGGGCAGCUUGAACAACUUACGAGUUUAUUACAACCAGAGCGAGGGAGGUUCUCACAUCCUCCAGAUCUCUUCUGGUUGCGACGUGGAUGCAGACGGCCGCUUGCUCCGUGGGUACCGUCAGGAUGCCUACGACGGCGCCGAUUACAUAGCCCUGAACGAGGAUCUGCGCUCCUGGACUGCGGCGGACGCGGUGUCUCAGGCCACCCGGCGCAAGUGGGAGGCGGCUGGUGCCUCGGAGCCAUGGAGGGCCUACCUGGAGGGUCCUUGCGUGGAGUGGCUCCGCAAAUACCUGGAGAACGGGAAGGAGACGUUGCUGCGCACAGACCCCCCGAAGACACAUGUGACUCACUACCCCAGACCUGAAGGAGUUGUCACCCUGAGGUGCUGGGCCUUGGGCUUCUACCCCAAGGAGAUCACCCUGACCUGGCAGAGGGAUGGGGAAGACCACACCCAGGACAUGGAACUUGUGGAGACCAGGCCUGCAGGGGAUGGAACCUUCCAGAAGUGGGCAGCUGUGGUGGUGCCUUCUGGGGAGGAGUGGAGAUACACAUGCCAUGUGCACCAUGAGGGGCUGUCUGAGCCUCUGGCCCUGAGAUGGGAGUCACCUCCUCAGUUCAUCAUCCCCAUUGUGGGCACCUUCGCUGGCCUGGCUGUCCUUGGAGUUGUGGCGGUGGUUUUGAUGAGGAUAAAAAUGAACAGAAGGGAAGAGGAGUGUGAUUUUUCUUGUUUUAAGCCCCAUGGAGAAGCGUGUGCUACCUCACUAAUGGGAAUCACCAUCCACACACAUACAAGUGCUCAUCUAGCAGGGCCCCUGAUUCCCAGCAGUUAGAGAUCAAAGGGGGGAUAUCCCUGCUGAGGACAGAUGUCCAGUUGAUUCAGUCCUUGCACUUUUCUUUUCCUUGAGCCUGUUGAUCCUUUUCUGUCUUUACAGUCACAGUUCAGGUAACUUCCCUGGGGUCUAGGUUUAGGGGAUUCCUUUAGGUCCUCAUGGUCCUGUCUCAUAGGUCCUCUCACCAGUUGUUUUCUUCUCAUAGGUAGAAAAAGAGUGAGCUAUACUCAGACUCCAAGUAAGUAGAGUGAAGGGAUGAUCCUUGGGAUUGUGUAGUCAGCAGCCAAUGGGGCAGCUCACUCAUACUUUCUAUGGGCUCUGCUAUAUUUGUGUCAGUUUGGAUCUGAAAUGUCUCUCUAAGGCUCAUAUGUCAAAGACUUGGUCCCCAUUAGGACUUUUGGGAAGUGAUCAGAUCUUGAGGACUCUGAUCCUGUGAGUGGAUUCAUUCAUUGAUGGGUUCAUAAUUGACUGGACUAUUGAGAGAUGAUGGAAACUGUAGGAGGCAGUGUGUAGGCAGAGAAAAUAAGUCACUGAUGGUAUGUCCUUGUCCCUAUCCCUAGUCCCUUCCCCCCAUCUCUCUCCCCCUGUCUGUUUCCUGACUGCCAUGAGAUGAGUAGCCUCCUCCACCAUAUGCUCCUUCCACUAUGAUGAUAAGCCCAGAAACAAUGGAACCAGUGGAUCAUGGACUGAAACCUCUGAAACUUUGAGCCAAGAUAAAUGUUUUCUCCUUUCAGUUUUCUUAGAUAUUUUGUCAUGGCAUUGAAAAGCUGACUAACAUCUUAUUUUUUCUGCCCCAGGUAGUGACAAUGCCCACGGCUCUGAAUUGUCACUCAUGGCUUGUAAAAAUGACAACCUGGAGGGUCUGAAGUACAAAAGGGGGUGGGGCAGAGAGGACAGGACUGGGUAUAGGAAAUUUAUGAAUUUGGACCUUUUGGUUGAUUGAUGGGUUGUUCAGCAUGCUGUCACUUGUAACAACUGCCCUGAAUUUGUGCAUGAUUCUUUUGUUCUGUAGCAUGAGACAGCUGCCUUGUCUGGGACUGAGCGACAUAAGACUGGUUCAAGCCUCCCCUUUGUGACUUGAAGAACCCAGGAUCUCUUUCUGCAGAGGUGUUUGAAUAUGUUCACAAUGUUACUGGCAUAAUGUGAGGAGGUGGGGAGACCAGCACAUUCGUGCCUACCAGUGUGAAGAGCAAUGACAGAGAAUGGGAGAGCAGUGACUGAGAUUGGGGGUCUCUGAUGACCUCAUGACUGUGGCUGCCCGGUGCCCAGGAAUGUAUCUGUGCAAGGGCAUAGAAUGCCUAGCUGCUGUGGUAAAGCCCUGCAUGAGGAGGCUCUGUGGAAGAGUCCUAUCAGCUUCAACCUUGAUCUCAGGCACAUAACUUCCAGUAUAGAGGAAUUCUUAUGCUACACAACUACCGUGUUUCACCAGCUCUGCUACUCCUGAGCCUGCCCGAUUAACAGUAACUUUAAACAAUGGACCUUCUUGAGCACUACACCAAAGCUCCUAACAUUGCACAUUGCAACCAUGGUUUGCAACUGAGGAAAACUGCAUAGAUGUUUCUAGUUUUUGUAACUUUCUGAGUACAAAGAAUAAUGCUUGCACAGUCUUUAACCUGAUAAUGAGACACAUAUAAAUAAAGGUUGCUGUCCUAA